UAUUCACGUCAGUGUCGGUCAUGCCACGUUGAAUAGCCGACAUCCACGUUAGUAAUUUCCUAUCAAAAUGACUAGAAGGGCUAUAUUGAUAAAUCGUUAAAAUAUUUAGGACUAAAUUGGCCAAAUUGAAAAAUUUAAGACUAAAUUGGCGUUUGUAUAGUAGGUUUAGGAAUUUAUUGAUAAUUGUCCCGUGUCCGAGCUCAAUCCGAGAGCACUUAUCGCCACCAUUAGCCAGGCAGCUCCUCUCUCUCUCUCUCAAAUAGAAAUUUUUUAGAGAGAAACUCUAAUUUACUCUUUAAUUCAUUUUCUUGAAGAUUUUUCGUGCAAGCACUUAUAAUCUUUUGCUUCUUUAAAGUGGAAAAUCAGUGGUGUCUUAGUAAUUUCUUGCAUUGAAUUCUCGUAGCAAACAUUUUGUAUGCUUGCACGAUCUUGUGCAACAUUUUUUAAAUUUUGUGAGAACACUAUUUACUAUUGUAAAAGUUUUAAUAAUUAAAUGAAAGCAUUAUUUAGUAUUUAAACCGAUAUAAUUUCUCCUUACACAAUCCUUGUUCCCUUGCAGUAACUACAUUACUUGCAUAGCUUUGGCUCGAUGGACGUAAAGCUAUCUAUAGAAGAGGAGGAUGUUGGCAUGAACAUCUCAAUCAAGGAGGAGGUCAAGAAGGAUGAAGGAGGAGGAGCUCUCAAGGAAAUGUUAGAGGAUGAAAUGGAUUCUCUGAAAGAAGAAGAAAUAUGGAGUCGUCGACGGGAGAGAAUCAAUAAUGCACUGGCAGCUCCACGAAACGCGGAGCAACAAGAUCCAGCGGAAGUGCUUGCAGCUGCUCGAAGUCUGGCGGGUGUCAUCCUCAACGCCCAUGUCGAAGAGUUCAUUUCUGCGAUCGAAAGGCUUACCAAUCAAUUCGAUCCGUCUGCCAUUUUCAAUUGCCUGGGAGCAUUCGACAAUUCACUACUCCACGUUGCAGUAGUCGCCGAGAAGGACGACAUCCUGAGGCUCCUGCUUGAUUGUGUCCCUGUCCAUCUCCUAGCCGCCCAAAAUGAAUGGGGAGAUACCCCCCUCCACGUGGCGAUUGGGGUUAAGAGAUCUACAGCUGCUGCGAUGUUGAUUCGCCGGACAAGAGACCUUCCCAACGUCGAGGACAAGAACCUUAUCCUGAGGAUGAAGAACAAACAUGGAGACACUGCUUUGCACAUGGCCGUGUUUAAUCGUGACAUCGAAAUCGUGCGCCAUCUGUUGAGCGAAGAUUUGGAGCCCGUGUAUUGGAAGAACGCGUAUAUGCUAUCUCCCCUGAACUUAGCCGUCGAUUCCGGAGACCCCGCCAUACAGGAGGUUUUAUUUUCGCUCCCGCUCGAAUCAUCGAGGAUACAAGGCUUCCCACCCAUUCAGGGUGCCAUCAUGCGUGGAUAUUUUGAUUUGGUUGACUUGAUACUCAAAAAGAACAUGAAGCUAUUUGCAAUGACCGACUCUGGUGGCGGUAAUGUAUUCCAUUUAGCAGCUUACACGGGUUGGGCCCGAGUAUUCAAAUUCUUAGGACCGGAAACAGAAUAUUUGGCCAAACAACGGGAUAUGAAUGGCGAUCUUCCCAUUCAUAUUGCGAGCAAGAUGGGUCAUGUUGAACUAAUCGAGAAGCUACUUCCGGUAUCACAUCUGAUAAAUGGGCAAGGGCAAAGCAUUCUCCAUGUCGCAGCAAAAUAUGGGAGAUCUUCAGCAGUGAGAUAUAUACUCAGACAUACAGGACUGGGGAUGCUGAUAAAUGGUGUAGAUCUUGCUGGAAAUACAACUCUACACUUGGCAGCGAUGUAUUCACAACCCGCCGCUUUGAUUCCUCUUGUGAUGGAUGAAAGAAUUAUUCCCAUCUGGAUCAACCACGAAUGCUUGACUGCUUAUGACAUUGCUCUAGAUCGCAUCAGAAGGGAGCCUACGUUACGGAAGCGAUUGACAUUAAUAGUGUUGUCAUCCUCGACAUUUGGGAAAAGUCCAGCUGUAGGAGGAUACUUACUCCUACUUAGGCCGGAAGCUCGAGAUGAAGCGUAUUCAAUAUACUCCCUCCGCAAAAAGAAGCUAAAAAUAGACCUCAUGAAGGAUUGGAUUAAUACACGUCUGCUGGUGGCAACGCUUGUGGCCACUGUGACUUUCGCAGCUGGUUUUGCAGUCCCUGGAGGAUUUAACGGCUCGGACACGGCCUCUAAAGAUGACUGGGGCAUGGCUACGAUGCUGGACAAGAGAUUGUUCCAGGCCUUCGCAAUUUCCAACACCAUCGCGAUGUUCUGCUCAAUGAUCGCCGUCAUCAACCUCAUCUAUGCGCAACAGCACGACGUCGAAGCUGCGAUAGCUGCAGACCGGCACUCAGGACCACUGCUAAUAAUUGCACUCCCGGCGAUGUCCAUCGCUUUCUUAACUGGUGUCACCUUGACCGUUGGAAAACUCCCUUGGCUUGCUCACACCAUAUUUUAUUUGGGACUCGUUUUCCUCCUAAUUAUCUCAGGUGCUACAAUGAUAGAGUACCCUCUCUUUCUUUGGAGUCAUCAUCGUCCUAUCCGUCGUCUGAUAUUCUGGCUUGUUCUCGCUUACAUUUAUUUUUGGGGAGUUGAGACGUACCUCUUAGAUGACUUGGAAGACGACGGAACGACAAGCGGGACCUCGGCUUGUCAGCCUUCAGAUGAUGCUGGUGAUCGAAUGAUUGACGACUCGUCAACAGCAAAAUGUGGGGAUGUGCCACAUCCUCCCAGUCACUAAUUUCAGUUGAUCAAUCGGUAUUAUCUAUGAUUUGAAUAAAUAAACAUAUAUUACACCUUGGUGUAUUUCGUUCAUUCUACAGUUGCUUUCCUUUUGCAUUAUUUUUAUGGCGAUUGUCAAUGUAUUUAAAUAAAACCCGGUCCUCCGCAAAUAGUUUACACUGUUAAUACUUGGAUAUAGUUCCACCAAAUUUCACUUUAUAUC